AUGGCUGCCUUGUCGCUGACUUACUGUCGGCUGCGAACAGGCGUAGAGAGAGUAGCACGUGUGUUGUGUUCCGUCCACCGGCUAGACAGAUAUACUAGUUCUUCAAAACCAUGUAGAAGAUAUCAAUCAUCUUCAUCAGAACGAAUCUUUGAUAAUAGAUAUUUACAAGCUAACUCCACUGCUCAUGAACAUUCAGAUAAAUUUCACCUUCAACACAUCAGAUGGUCAACAAGAUUGAAGUCAGAAUACCGUGAGGUAUGGACAGAAAACUUAAUAUUAACCUUGAAGAAAUGUCUCAAUCAAGAGCUAAAAACUACAUCGUAUGAAAACAUCCUGGCUGCAGUCAUUGAUUUAAAAAGCAAAGUGGAAGACAAUAAGAUAACAUUCAAACUGUCUGCAGAAUUAGGGAGGGAAUUGCUAGAGAUGAUAACACACACUAGACAUUUGUCUACUGUACAGAAGUCUACACUGACAGGUCUCGUCUGGCAGAUUCUUAACUUAAUACAAGAAGUCUACACUGACAAGUCUGGUCUGGCAGAUUCUUAA